CUCCCAACCGAAACUUCCUGGAUGUCGAGCCUCACCUGCCGAAACUGGACAGUAAUUCUGACAAAAACUCAAUCGAUUUGCACGUGAAUUUAUUAUAUUAACUUUUCAUCCAAUCUUCGCGUUAUCUGCGUGUGAGCGGAGAGAAGAAAUCAUCAUUUACAACACACACUUGAGGAGUUACUGAAGGAAACACGGAGGAUGAGGGUGUUUCCCGGUGGGCAGGAUGAAGAGUUCGCCAGCUAACCGCAGUCGGGACAUCGAGCGGCAGGCUGGAUAUCUGCGCCCGGAGCACUGCGCGCCGCCUCCUCCACGCACACACUCGGCCCACGAAAUGUGGUUCAUCCGGGACGGCUGCGGCAUCGUGUGUGCGGUCAUCACAUGGCUGCUGGUGCUUUACGCGGAGUUCGUGGUGGUGUUCGUGAUGCUGCUGCCGUCCAGGAGUCUGCUGUACAGCGUCAUUAAUGGAGCCCUGUUCAACAGCCUGGCCUUCCUUGCUCUGGCCUCGCACUUCAGAGCCAUGUGCACCGACCCUGGAGCCGUUCCAAAGGGAAACGCCACUAAAGAGUUCAUCGAGAGUCUGCAGCUCAAGCCGGGGCAGGUGGUGUAUAAAUGUCCCAAAUGCUGCAGCAUUAAACCUGACCGAGCACAUCACUGCAGUGUGUGUAAGCGCUGCAUCAAGAAAAUGGACCAUCACUGUCCCUGGGUCAACAACUGUGUGGGAGAAAACAACCAAAAAUACUUUGUGCUUUUCACUAUGUAUAUCGCUCUGAUCUCUCUUCACGCUCUCCUCAUGGUGGCUUUCCACUUCGUCUUCUGUUUUGAAGAAGACUGGGCCAAGUGCAGUUCCUUCUCUCCGCCGGCGACCGUCAUCCUCCUCAUCCUGCUGUGUUUCGAGGCUCUGCUCUUCCUCAUCUUCACCGCCGUCAUGUUCGGCACGCAGGUUCACUCCAUCUGCAACGACGAGACCGGCAUCGAGCAGCUGAAGAAGGAGGAGCGCCGCUGGGCAAAGAGGUCGAAGUGGAUGAACAUGAAGGUGGUCUUCGGGCACCCGUUCUCCGUGUCCUGGAUGAGUCCCUUCGCCACGCCGGACCACGGCAAGGCAAACAUCUACCAGUACGUGGUCUGACACUGACCCCAGACCACACACACACACACACACACACACUCCUGCACUGUGAACCACUGACAGCACGUUUCUCUGAGACAGAGAUUUCUGAGGCCUUGACCGCGCACCAGCCCGACUCAAUCACUCCAGUGUGUCUGAUCACAAUCGCCUUCAUCAUGUCUGCUGCUUAUUCUCUUCAUUUACUGAGCACUCGCUUCACAUGCACAGGCUUUCUAAUGUACUUUUGUCUUGUUUCUACUCCGAAAAAGGAUUCUUGAUGGAUGCAGUUUUGGACAAGUAAAAUAAAACCAUCGAGUUGUUUUCAGAAAUACUGCGUCCAAAUGAAGAGAGCAAAAUAAUCUGACAAUGAGGAAAGACACUGUUUCAUUUCAAAGUGAACACUGAAUGAUUGGCUGAUUAUUUCACUAGUUUAAGGAAAAACUCUCUUCAUUUUGACACAUUAUCUCUGAGUUUUUUGCCUGUCCAGAAAUGCUUCUUGAUUUGAGAGUUUGUAGAUAUUUGGAGUAGAAACGAGACUGAAACUAGACUAACAGAAAGGUGUUUAUGCAGUGUUCAGUGUUUAUCUUUCGUUGCCAAAUUUGAUUCAGACAAGAGAGAAGCUGGAGAAUCUGCAGUACACAGGAUUGAUCUUCUCAUUAUUCUUGGACAUUAUAAAGUCAUAUUCCACACCAAAAUCAGCUUAAUUUACUUAAUAACCCUAAUAUUAAUAUGACUGUGUUUUACAAAAACAAGGUAAACAGAGUAAUAUUCAUGCUGCAUUUCUGGAUUCGCAGUACUUUAAAAGGCUGUUUAAUGAAUCGCAAUCACAUCUACAAAUAGCAAACAUGCAAUAAACUAUAUAUAUAUAUAUAUAUAUCUGUCAUAUAACUCAUCAUAAUAAUGCCUGUGGAAACUGUUAAAGUAUCACUUAUUAAUAUGUUGUUUAGAUUUUAAUUUAUUGACUAGUUACACACACACACACACACACACACACAGAGACAAUAAAAUUGUAUUCUGGCAUUAUUAGCAUGACAUG